GGAUGAAGAGCAGUCUAAAGGAUCUCGGCCUGUAAUUUUAGGUGAUAAUAGACCAAAGAACUGGUAAUGGCCAUGGCUGAAUUCAGCCACCUUCAAAGGAAGAAUCAGCAUGGCAUUACCAUUCCAGCUCUAGUUUUGAAUAUCUUGAGAGUGUGUAGUCUGGAUGAAUUAGGGUUUUUAGCAAUCCGCAUCUCUCAAUCUGUUGUGUGUAUGUCAACCUGCAUCUUUACAACUGUUGAGUGUAUUUGCUACAAAUCUUUAUUCCCUCAAGCAGGGAAAGGGUAAAGGGGAACAGAUAGAGGAGAGACCCAUAUUUAACAAGUAACUGUUCUGAGAAUCUCUUAAUGGUAAAUUCUGUACUGAAUAAGGCCCUGAAGGUGUGGGAGUUUAUAUUAAAAACUUAUAGGGAAGAACUCUGAAAGUUAACAAACUUAUACCUAAUUUUAUUGCAGAACUGAAUUAGAGUCCUGUUAGGGAAAAAUAUUGUUGAAAGUACCUAUGAGAAGGCUGGUGAGUGGAGAAGAUAAGGGUGUGUCUAAAGCAAAUAGCUGACCAGGAAAAUUAAGGCUGAAUAACUUCUUUUUUGCUCUUUGUAAGGUCAGAGUGAUGCAUGCAUUUCAUUACCGGCUUUUCCGACCACGUCAAGAUAUUUAAAAUUUCUCUUUGGUCCUGAAAUAUCAUACAAUAGAACCUUCAAAACCUUCCCUGUUGUUUUGGGUUGGGUCAGACUACCUCUCAUCCUGUCACAGGGACCUUGGUUAUACUAAAUCCAGCUGAUUUCAAGCAUUUCUCGUUGUUGCAACGCAAUCUCCUAUGCCAAGUGGAAGUCACUUCACUUCCUAAGACUUUCUUUAGUUCUAGGUAGUUGAGUAGGCAACUGUUUUGUUAUUUUUAGUUGUUCUUUGCUUCUGUGUUGACUGCUCUUUUUUAAUUGGGAGAAAUUAGACACAAAAUUCAUAAAAUAGUCAUGCAUCGUGCAAGCCUGAGACUGUGUUCCUGUUUUUAAAAAGGAAGUUGGUUAAAAUAACAUGCUGUGAUAAACAGUAAGCAAUUUCUGUACUCAUUAUUUAUAAUCACCAGAAACUGGAGGAACUAAAUAAACAAAGACCUUUAUUUUGUCCAGACUUCAAUUUGAGAAAAGCUGGCUUAAACAGAUUGCUUUAAAUUGUGAGUAAAAAAGAAGCUUCCCACUUCUUGGACCAAAAAAGUAAUAGCAUUGUUAAAGAAAAAAAUAUAAAAAGGGGAUUUGAGAAUAAAAAGACAGUAAAAUGGAUCCUAAUAAAUAGCACAUCCUAUAUUAGCAAAAUACAGCUUAUUGCAGUAAAACUGUAUUUAAGUUUCUAAGAACAGAAGAUCUGUGUUCAGGAGACUCUUUAUUUAAUUGGACUUGAAUUCUUGAGCCAUUGAGGCUCAUUUAGUAAACUCUGGAAUGCUAGAAGAAUGGGGGGACAGGCACAACUAAUGAUGCGUUUUAUUUGGAAAACCCAAACAGGAUGACUGGAGGAAGUCUGAGAUUGAUAAUUAGAAGAAUUGUAGGCUGAAAGGCCUGAAAAAUGCAUUGUGCAAAGAAAGGUACCAUAGUUAACAUCAGCCAAGACUUUUAGUGACAAGUGACUCCAAAAUAUACUUACAUCAGAAUUUGCCUGUAAGGAAGCCUUUUCCUUUUCUCUAAAAAAAGGCAAACUAAUUAGUAUAUCUGAGCAUUGAGGUUUUAAAGCAUCUAAUGACUAGUUAGUUGGAUCUAGCAGGCUUUUUCUAUUGAAUGUGGUCAGUUUCUGUCUAAAUAAUCAAAAGAAUACGUACUUAAGAUUUGCAGGUAGCUUGCCUAGAGGAAUAGAUGUGGAAGAAAAUAUUCAGGAAUAUUUAGUAAAUGUGAUGUACCCGAAUGUGAAUUUUUAAAUUGUCAACUGUUUGUCCUAAAAGUGAAUGCCUGUGAUGUGGAAAGUGGAAUCUAAAAGGAACCUAAGGCGUCUUGUUGGUAACCAACUGACCGUGGGCUUGCAUUCUACCAAAGUAAGGAUAAGCUUAAUCCAUAGAUGUAUAGUGGCUAUCAAAUGGAAUGAGAGAAAUGUUAGGCAUUUCUGUAUGGCAUUAGAUACGAUGUCCUCUGCUAUUGUCAACACCUCAAAAAGCUUGAUGACAGAUUUCAAGUGGUCUUAAAACCUGCCUCGUGGUUCGUUACUUAUUCAAAGCUACCUUGCAUUUGAGAAAAGAAAAAAAAUUACACUGAUUUUUAUUUUUUUCCUAUUAAGGAUGCUGUCAAGUGAUUAGAUACAAUCUGAAAAUACAUAAUAUCUAGCUAAAAUUCUUUUUUCUAGCUCAUUAAUGUAGCAAACAGAUCUGACAGUGUAAACAGAUUGGAAUUGGUAUAAAUUUUAACACUAAAAGUAAUUUUCUUAACAAUUUAUGGGGGACUGUAGUGUGUGCUUCGAUCCUCCCAGUCCUUACGUAAAGUUUAUAGGUACCGCAUUGCUGUCUAGUUCAGUUAGAAGUCUAUAGAUAUGGCUUAGGACUCUCAAGAUGAGAUUCUGUGCUGUGUUAUGAACCAUUUUGUGUUAUUGAUUUAAGAUCAUUCCAAAUUGUCCUCAGCCAGACUUGGAUAAUUCUGCACCACAACUAGAGAAGCAAGGAAUUGUGCUGUUGGAUCAGAUGAAGCAGGUUGAAAGUGUCAUGUACGUAUCUGAGUGUUAAGGAACUGAGAACAGAAAGCCAAAAGAGCUUUUUAGGAUUAUUAACCUGAGACAUUCUUACAAGGAUGUUUCGUUUGCAGUUUAGAACUAGUACCUCAUUUCUCUGUCUGCUUCACAUAAUACACUGGCCUUCCUAUGGAUGGUUACUUUGUUGAGAUGAAUAAUUCUGUAUAUAACUGUAUUAGCUUAGUUCCAUCUUGCAAAGUUUUGGUGUCGCAUGGUGAAGCCAUGAGGCAUUUCUAGUAAGGGAGAAGGUAAAAAGUGAACAACAGCAGCUGAUUGUAAUUUACUACAUUGUAGUACAUGGGAAUUGAUUCCAGUGAUGACUACCUCUGUGCCUUUAGUUUUGUGGUGUUAAAGAACAGUACUAUUUUAGUAUGACAUGAUGCUGCAUAGCUUUUGCAAAUGGUACAUGUUUGCAAAUGUUUUGCAAAACUAAAGUUUUCUCAUAAAUUAUGUGCCAGCUGUAAGUGUUUUAACAUCUUGGUAGGCUUAUGUUCUUUGAUUUUUUACUUUUAAGAAGGACAUGUUUACUGACAGCUUUGUAUUUAGAGGGGACUCUGGCCUUACACAAAAUAACUCUUCCCCAGAAAAUACAUAGCUGACCACCUCCCCACACUUCAAACAGAAAUACGAAUAUUAUAUAAAUAAAUACUACUGCAUCUUUUUCAUGAUUCUUCCCUCUCCCCCACACUAGUGACCUUUAAAGUUUUGUUAGAAAGUGGUUUUGAGGUGGGGGUUCUUUUUUUUUUUUUUUUAUUUCUUAAGAGACAUUGAGUGUUAUAAGAAAAAUUCAUAUAUAACUUCAAGUCACUCUUCGUUCUGCCCCAAAUACAUACACCCUUACCGUGUGAAAGUAUGUAGGCAGUAGCUCUGGAGUAGGUUGUUGCUGGGUGGUGGGAGACUGUUCUCAUUUAUUAAAGCAUUUUGUAUGUUCAGAAUUGUCCUUGCUUCUUAUAGUUCAGCUGUACUCGUUUUUCAAAGCAAUAACCUAAUUGCUUGUACUAAUUAAAGCCUGUUAGCAAAGCAGUACAGUAUUUAGGUCAGCUUUUCUUCAAUGUCCUUUUGUGCUUGUGCCUCCUGUUCCUGGCAUUUCCCAAUUGCUGCAGGUCCUCUUUUCAGACUUGCAGUGUGUCAGCCUUUGUUGUGAUGCUUGAUGUUCUACUGCUGUCCUGUUCUGCUUUAAACCGCCUGACCCAUUUUCUAUAUUGUCAUCCUGUACUUCUAGUAAAGACAAAAGGCUGGCAAAAUUCAAAUAGCGUCUGUCAGAGAUGUACAUAACUAGACUGGUUUUAGCUGGUCGAGUGUAGAGUGGGCAGUCUGAAUUAUUCUUUGGUUGGAGUGACCUGUAGUUUGGUGUCUAGCUUACAAGCCUGGUGAAGGUGCAGGGACCAUUACCACCUAGCAGAAGAGAAGGUUAGCCCUCAGAAACUUUCUUCAGGUUCUCAAAUCGCUUGCUGAUAUUUCCAGAUGUGUAUGAAUGUUUGACGUUGAACAGUGACUUGGAGUGGAUCCUCUGUUGUAGGAGAGGGGAACUCUCUAUGGGGUAUGUAAAAUGAACUGUGUGUUGUUCUCCUGCAGUUAAUCUCUUUUUUUUUUUUUUUUUCAGUGUUAGAACUUCUGAGUUGAUACUUUCAAGAUGCGGUGUUCUUGUGCAAAUACCGUUUAGUUGACAAAACAUUCUUAAUGGGAUAAGUGACACAUUGUUUGACUCAUACAACUUGUGCCUUUGAUUUCCCAUUGUAGCAUGGAAUUUUCUGGUGUGUAGCAGAGCAACUAUUUAUUUAUUUAUUUAUUUUAAACCUAUUCCACUCCACUCUUGAAGUGAGUCUUAUCCUCAGCUUGGCCAUCACUUUCACAGUUAUGCCAUCUCUUUCACCUCCCAUGUCUGACUGUCCCACUCGUCAUAUAAAAAUUCCUCUUGGGAUUUCAUUCUAUCAUGUGAAAUGGAACUUGUUUAUUACCAACUGACCUGAUAGUUGUUCAUGAGGAUAUUUUUCAUCUUUCUGGAGAGGAAGAUCUUGAAACUUUCAAAAGAAAUCGAAGUUUGGAUCAGUACUUCUGCAAGGAAGAGGACAAUAUUUUUAAAGAAAGCAAACUAGAAGUACAGAGGUCUCUUCCUCACACUGCUUUCAUUAUAUUUGUCUUGUCUGACAAGGAAGUUCUUUCUGGAGUCGUGGUCAUAACAAGUAAGGACACAGUCCAGCACCAAGGUAUCUCAUUGACAAUGGAAGGAUCGGUAAAUCUGCAGCUUAGUGCCAAAAGUGUGGGUGUGUUCGAAGCCUUCUAUAACUCUGUCAAGCCUAUUCAAAUUAUUAACAGCACUAUUGAAAUGGUAAAACCAGGGAAGCUUCCCAGUGGCAAGACAGAAAUUCCGUUUGAAUUUCCAUUGCAUACAAAGGGCAACAAAGUUCUGUAUGAGACAUAUCAUGGUGUCUUUGUUAAUAUUCAGUAUACCCUACGGUGUGAUAUGAGACGUUCUCUGCUGGCAAAAGACCUAACUAAGACGUGUGAAUUCAUUGUCCACUCACUGUCACAGAAAGGGAAACUGAUGCCAAGCCCAGUAGACUUCACAAUUACUCCUGAAACUUUGCAAAAUGUUAAAGAGAGAGCCUCACUUCCAAAAUUUCUCAUCAGAGGUCAUCUCAGUUCUACAAACUGUAUCAUUACGCAGCCACUGACGGGGCAGCUGAUAGUGGAGAAUGCAGAGGCUGCAGUCAAAAGUAUCGAGCUGCAGUUAGUACGUGUGGAAACCUGUGGGUGCGCGGAAGGGUAUGCCAGAGAUGCCACAGAGAUACAGAAUAUUCAGAUUGCUGAUGGAGAUGUCUGCAGGGGCCUGCCAGUUCCUAUAUACAUGGUGUUUCCCAGGUUGUUCACCUGCCCUACCCUGGAAACAACAAACUUCAAAGUUGAGUUUGAAGUGAACAUCGUUGUCCUUCUGCACGAUGAUCAUCUCAUCACGGAGAACUUUCCACUGAAGCUCUGCAGGAUGUAAAUAGCCAGAGGAGAAUCACUUGAGGAUUUAAUGAAAAAGGACAGAAUUCUUCAGAGGCAAAGUGAAAUUUUAUCCAUUUCUUUCUUUAACUGAAAACACAUCACUUUCUUUUCCCUCCUGGAGGUCUGUGUGUUUUCAGUUCUCUGUAAACCGUGCUAUGACUUUGCCUGCCUCACGAUAGCCUAUGUGGAGGUGUCUAUGCAGACAGCCGUGUCAGGUAUCUUUCUGACUCCAACAACCAUGUUCUCUCAAAUUUUCCUCAGACAAAUUCUGAAGGAAUGAUUCUGUAUAUUUCUACAAAUUGUAGAAAUAUAUAGUAAGUUUCUCUCAUCAUUUCAUUUUGUAAUACUUGUUCCAAAAGCCUUUGAAGACCUCUUAAACGUAGUAAGUCCUGUUAUAUAUGGUGUAUAUAUACUGGGGGGGGGAGGGUAUGGGACUUGUAAUAUAAUACUGAAUCAUGUCUUUGAAGGCAUUAUAAAUGGUGCUACAGCAACAGAGGGUGGUGAUGUGGGAUGAAUAUUGAAGGAUGAACGUGAAGUAAGUGAUUUGAAACAAAUAAUGAUGUGAAAUAACACCAUUGAAGUCAAGUAAAUGCCAGGAAAGGAAUAAGCUGUGGUCAAUACAUUGAAUUUUGUAACUGUC